AUGUCUUCUCUCGGUUCCGAGCAGAUGGCCGGUGAUGCCGUGUCUAUCCUUGAUGACGCUGCGCCGGACCUUAUCUAUGGUGCUGCGUUUAUUCCUGAUGCUGAUUGCGGUGUUAAUCGCAAUGCUAAGGUUGAAGAUGACUACAAGGAUGACCACGAAGAGAAUCAGGAUGAUGAUUUGAACGAGAAGCUAAACGAUGAGUCAGGCGAUGACCACAACGAUGGUACUGAUGACCACUGUGACAAGCAGAUCGAUGAGCCAACUGAUGCUCAGACUGAUGCUCAGCCCGACGACCACAACGACGAGCAAGCCGAUGAGUCGACUGACCAGACGGAAACCACCGAUACUCAGACCGAUGACCAGAACAGCGACCAGACCACCGACGACAGCGACGAACAGCUCAACGAACCGGCCCCCCACGACGACGACUUCCUCCACGAAGUCGAAGCCUGGCGCGCCUACUUCCAGCAAGAAUGGCUCACCCACGGCGGGAUCCUGCGCUGGACCACCCACCGCGUCCUACCGGCGGCCGGCGCUCUCGCCCUGUCCGCCCUGUUCUCGACGCCCGCCAUGUACAUACUGCACCUCCUGCACCUCAACUCGUACCUGACCGACAGCCCCGACGGCUCGGAGUGGCCGCUGCGCUUCCGGUUCACGGACCAACUGACCGAUCUGGAGUGGAUGGGCGCCCUCUUCUGCGUGCUGGUCGUCUGGCACCAGUACCUCUUCAAAGUCAUCUUCCAGGAGUACCGGACGACACGGGCGGGCGCCGCCCGGUAUCUGGACGUGCUCGGCCUGGUGUCGUGUCUGUUCUGCAUGCCCGGGCUGAACGGCUGGGUGGUCGGGCAGAUGUACGGGCUGACGUUCGCGGUGCUGCACCUCCAUCUGCUGUGCAUGUUGGGGCUGUAUGAUUCCGCGGUCUGGGCGAGAAAGUGCGCCCGCCGGCUUUUUGGGCUGCGCGAUGAGAUUUGUGGUGAUGAUGAUGAUGAUGAUGCUGAUGUUGCUCAGCAUGACUUGGCGCUGCUGUUUGAUCUCUAUCACUUGCUCUAG